AUGAUUUUUGCAGCGAUUCAAGUUUCGCUCGCUGGCGUGAAGCUGCUUACCUUUUUUAUUAACAGAAGACUUUCGGAGGAAAACAAGGACAACGUCGGUGAUGCUCCUGCUAGUGGUGGGAUCUCGAUUUUGGGUGUAAUAUCGCUUAUUGCAGGCUCCCUGAUUCUCGCAGUCUACUGCGAAGAUGAACCAACUGAGAAAACCUUCAACAUCUUCAAAGCUGGCGUCUACAUGAACCUCUUCCUUUUCGCAAUUACCCUGGUCUUCAUCUGCGGCUUUCUUAUCGCAUUUAUCCUUGAUAUUUGCACGAGACGCCGCGGGCGCGCAAUCACUUUUCGAAUGUUUCUCAGUGGAACUUUGAUUUUGUCGAUUACGGCUGCUUUUUUUGGCGCGACUGGUUUCCUUGGCCUCAAAUACGUCCAAGACGAGUGCUCCCUAGAAGUAGAGCUGUAUUUUCGAAGCAAUUCUACCGAUAUUUAUCUUGACCAAUCAAUGCAAUUCGCCGCGGAAACCCUCGAAGGCAGCUAUACCAAACCGACGAAGGAAAGUCUUUACUGGAAUUACCAAGACAGGAUGAUUGGCGAGCCAUAUAUUUUCGUCGUCGAUGAUACUGAAAUUUCCCACGAGCCAUUUUACGUUUCCUCAGUGGUAUUUAAUACGACCGACUCGCGGAAGAACAUCAUGAAUAUGCUUGUUCAAAUAGCUCGCUACAGAGAAGUAUCGACGGGAAAAAUUGAUCUGGUGGUUGAGUCGACUGAUACGACAUGCUUGGAAACAGGCUUGACUCUGGUCGGUGGUCUUUUGGCUUGCAAGAUUCGAUUUUCGACUUUUCAAAACGAAACUGCAAGAUAUGAAGAAUCAACAAACGAAAUCAUUGAAAUAAAUAGCUGCGCUUAUGAAGAAUCGGAAAUUUAUUGCAACAAGAAAUCUGCUUCCUUUCCUCUUUGCUGCGAGCAAUUUGAGUCAAAAUACACGGACGGUCAAGAUGGAGAUUGCUGGUGUAUCAAUAGAUUUGACGAUGCCAGCUGUGGUUUUGACAAAAAUCUGCCACCAAGUCAGUGCCAGUAUCGCGCGAAUACUCUUGAUCUGGAAAUUUCUGAUCAAAAAAAUUACUAUUGUGAUGUCCUUGGGCAGAGCAGAAAUGGAUACUGUAAAAAAGAAAACGGAGCGCUGGUUUGGGACGCUUCCUGUAAAGAUGAAAAAGAUCUCGAUGCGAAAUACAACUGUUGCAAAAAUCUUGAAAGUUCCUAUUCUUUCACAAGAACAUGGAGAAAAUACAACGAAAACCAAGAGACUGACAUGACACCAUCAACUUGCAAGCAGUUCAAUAACUGCAAAACAGCAGAUCAAUUCUUUGGUGGAUGCUGUGACAGCUCCUCCGGUGGACACUCUGAUUGUAAAUACUGCAAAGACGUAGAUGAAACAUCAAGCUCAAAUCACAAGAGAGAUUGUGGAUAUUCUCAUUGUUUGACUAACGAUAAAACGGUGGAAGAGAAGAAGUCUUGCUGUCUGGAAGUUGAAAGAGUUUUCGGAUUCAAAUUUCGAAAAGAUAGUGAGUGCGGAAUCGCAAUAAAUUAUGACCCCUGCGUCGAUGAGACAGACAGUCUAGCGUGCAAAGGAAUCACAGACUAUUGCAAAUCAACAGACUUCUGCUUCCCUGACUGCUGCACUGGGCUAAAGUUCGACUUUGCCAACAAAGACACGAUUUCUGACUCAAUGAAUUCCGACUGUUUCCAACUUGCUCCUGAAAGAAUCGAAUCCGCCAACGAUGUCAAGGAAUUUCUCGGGCACUACAUUUACCAUCACACUGGAAAAUUCUAUGGGCGAGAGUCUUGCAGCGCGGUAAAAGGAAUCAUUGAUCCGAGCUGCUGCAAUAGCGGAUUCAGCUAUCACGUCGAAGAUCCGUGCUAUUGUCAUGGAAGGAAUCCGUUAAGUUCAAGAUGCGCGAGAGUUGAUCCGGCUAAUUGUCUUCCUGGAAAUUCUGCUUACCCGCAAUGCUGUUUUGAAAUCGGCGCAUUCUUUGCCCCUGAUCACUUCUGCACCUGCCGACAAAAUCAAGAUCGAUUAAGUCUUCAUACUUGCAGUGAUGUCCAAACUUCUGAACCCUUUGACUUUAUUGAAAAAUGUCCGAACCCAUGCGCAGGUUCAACAUUCCAGAGCGGCUUCUCAAGCCCAGACCCAGAGAGUUGGGUCCUUGAAAAUCCCUCUGGACCUGUUCUCGAAGAUAUAGAAGAGGACACUGGUAUGGAGGUUUCUGAAAGUUCGGUUCAGGGAAGUUUCAAGAUAACUGCUUUGAAAAAUUUGCUAACUCUAAGGAGGUCUCUUGAAGCUCCAUCAGUUAGAAGCUUUCCCAUUUCAACAAGACCCGAAUGA